ACUGAGCAGCCGACUCAAAACUUCUCGCUCAGGGCUGGAGUGAAGCAGAUCCGUGGUACAAGCUUUGUUUACUACAUUUCUUACUUCAGGGGUGAAGUUUUUCUGCAGCACAUGUCUGUGAUAGAGGCGGAGAACGCGGACCAGUUGCACUUAGUUAAAAAAUGAGCCCGGUUUGGUGUGUUUUGCUUCUCUUUGUGCAGAGCGCGGAGCUCCGGCAUGUGCGCGCGGCUCCGCUGGAGGCGCAGCGGGCGGAGGAUGCUGGCGCACCGCCUGCACUCAGAGAGGUGUCUUUCCCACCGGAGAGGAGCUCUCUGAACGGGUUUGAAAGUUCAGGACUUCCCGGUGUAAAGCGAGUGGCCCGAGGAGCUAAAGAUGGGGGGUUCAGAAAAAGAGAACCGGCUCCUGCGAACAGUUUCGGGCAUCCGCGCCGGUACGACGACCCGAGCGGCUACUUCACCACACCGCGGACGUUCCGCUUCACCUCCGCCCCGCUGCAGAACAACUCGUCGGGCCGCGGCUCGGGGCUCCACAACCCACUGUUCCCGGUCACCGACGGCUCCUACUGGGCGUACGCAGUCAUGCUGCUCGCGCUCGUCCUGUUCGCCGCGGGCAUCGUGGGCAACCUCGCGCUCAUGUGCAUCGUGUGGCACAACUUCUACCUGAAGAGCGCGUGGAACUGCAUCCUGGCAGGGCUGGCCUUCUGGGAUUUCCUCGUGCUGUUCUUCUGCCUACCUGUGGUCAUCUUCCACGAGCUCACCUUGAAGAGGUUGCUAGGAGACCUGUCCUGCAGGCUCGUGCCCUACCUGGAGGUGACCUCUCUGGGCGUGGCCACGUUCAGCCUCUGCGCUCUCAGUAUUGAUCGUUUCCAUGCAGCCACGGGCCCCGGGCCCCAUCAGAGUCCAAAGGUGGAGUCCUGCCAGUCCAUCCUUUCCAAGCUAUCUGUCAUCUGGGUGGGCUCCAUGGUCCUAGCUGCCCCCGAGCUGCUACUGUGGCAGCUCGUCCAGGAAACUGUCAGCCUGCCGACGCUUUCCAAUGACCUACAGCAGAGCCACCACGGGGGCUCACUGAUGGCUGCCUUUAGAGCCCGGACCGAUGCGUUUAAGGUGGAUAUGUGUGUCCGUGAGCCAUCUGUGGAGCUCCCAGAGAGCAUCUACUCCCUGGUGCUGACCUACCACGAGGCCCGAAUGUGGUGGUUCUUUGGAUGCUACCUUUGUUUGCCGCUGCUCUUCACUCUGGCCUGCGACUUGGUGACAAAGCAGGUGUUAGCGCAGCGACUACCACAGAAACCCAGCAGUGACAAGGUGACUAGCAGGUGCUCGUCUUCCUCUUCAUCUUCCUCGCCGAUAAAGAAAAAGCAGCAUGUGAGGGAGCAGCGGCUACGCUCCACUGUGAUGGCACUCACUGUCUUGUACAUCACGUGCAACCUGCCAGAGAGCAUUUGCAACAUCACCCUGGCAUACAUCUCUGUCCCGGUGACCUCUGCGCUCCCGGCUCUGGUUCUGCCGGCGCUCGGUCUGAUCGGGCAGUUCCUGCUGUUCGUGCGCUGCUCUGCGACGCCCGUGAUGCUGCUGUGUCUGUGUCGCUCGCUGGGCCAGGCCUUCAUGGACUGCUGCUGCUGCUGCUGUGAAGAGUGCCUCCCCGAUGGCAACUCCUCUUCAUCAUCCUCUGCCUCAACUGCGGCGACCUCCACCCUCUCCUCACCCACAUCGCCUUCACCAGUCUCCCUGUUUCCUUCCAGCAAAGAGGAACCAAUGAAGAGCCUGUUGCCGGCAGAACCAGCAGUCCAUGAGAGAGUGAAAGACUCAUCAGCAGUUAUUGGGACGCCCUGCUGAGGUUCAGAACUGUUUGCAAACUACUUUAAAGAGUCAUUUGGGUUUAAUACAACUUGGUUUUUAUUUUGGUAGCUUUGUCCCACAUUUCUCUAAAUAAGAGUUCAGUCAGGACCACGAUAGUCAAAAGAAGGAUGCCACUUCCGUCUGCAGUAAUUUACAUUGGCGACAUGACUCUUAUCUGAGACCUCGAUCAAUAACAACAGAUAUGGUGUAGGUGGGCUUGCACAGGGGCGCAGUAGCUGUGAGCAGGCUAAAGCAGUUUAAAUAGCCUCCCCUAUAUGAGAUACCAGUUAGAUAUGUAGAAGCAUAUUAGCUGAAGCAUCAGCUGAUGUAGGUUUGUUAUAGAGAUCAGCUGAUCAGCCUGGAUCGUUGCCUGCCUGAACUGAUGUUUGAUUUUAUUCACCGAUGGAGCUGAGAUCUUGGAACACAGCUGCAUCACUAAGGAAGGAAGCAUCAGUCAGUACAGAAUAGAGAGGACCAGAAAUAAUCAAGUUUGGAAACAAAGUCUCAAGAAUCAGUUGUAAACUGGUCCAUCACAGUUAUACGCCUCCAAGCGUAUCAAUUCACUCUACAAAUCCUGCCUUUUUUGGACCUUUUGCACACCUCAGUCAAAGCUUUUUCUGCACUGUUAAGAUUUCAUAACCACAGCCAACUUUUUUUUCCAAUGUGGAAAAUUACUUAUGGGAUUAACAAAGAAUCAGACCAAAACAAAAUCAAUGCAGGCACUGUUAUUGAUAAAAUCUUGUCAAUAUCCAACCCUACUUCCAACUUUGUAGCAAUACUUCUGGGACUGAAUGGGGAAAAAAAUUCCCCACAGUAAUGGUUUGAAAUCUUGUUGAAAGGUCUCCCAGCCAAAUUCCUACGUAUAGUAUCAGAGCAUAUCCAUGUGUCCAAAUACUUUUGGUCAUGUAUCUAUAAACUUUAAAUCUCUAAAAACUUUAGAAAGCAGUAUAAUAUUUAUUGCUGGCAAAAAUCACAGGUCAAAGUUGAAGCGCAAAGUGGAUCCAGGAACUAUGAUUGUUACUGACAAAUAUUUGUUUCCCUUCCAGAUGUUUGACUAACCUGGAGGUUUGUUCCUACCCCGUGUGAUCAUCUGAGCUUUCUGAUGUCACAGGAUUAAAUACAUUUCCUCAAAGCUCAGCUGUUAGGUUGCUGAUUAUGUUGUUACUGCGACUGGUCAAAAUUAUGGACAAAAAAAUACCAAAAUGAGUCCAGCCAAGUUGUAAUAAAUCGUCCUUUAAGUUCAGUCUGUAUAAAGUUGGGUAGAGCCACUGUAGAGCAGAGGUUUGUCAGACUAGAGUUAGAUAAUUAUCCAGAUUAUGGGUUCUAGAUGGAUUUAAUUCCAUUAUUGAAUGAUUUGUCAUAUUUUUAUGCUACAAUUUACACGUCGUAGUUAUUGAUAAUUGUCUAAUUCUCAUGCAGGAUAUUUGCAUCACAUUGUCUAAGUACUGUAUCAAAGAGAAACACUAGAUCAGUUGAGUUUGGGAGAUUUACUUUUGGAAGGCAUUUAAACUGAAAAUCAAGAAAUACUUCACCAAGACAGCUGCCAGCAGACGGAUGUUUGUGAACAUUUAAAAAAAAAUAUGAUUUUGCAUACAUACGUGACUCAUGUGCACAGGAGUCAUCAAAUACACACACACACACACACACAC